GUGUUCUUCAACUCCCUGCUGCUGGACUGCCUCGCCUCCGCCGACCGCUGGCCCGACGCCCUUGCGCACUGCCGCGCGCUGCGCCGCGCCGGCGCCGGCGCGCUGCUGGCGCACCGCCCGCUUGCCGCGCGGGCGGCGGCCUGCCUGGCGCGUGCUGGGGGCGCGAGGGCGGCGGAGGAGAUGGUCCGGCUGCAGGCGGACAUCACGCACGCAGAGGUCAAG